CGAAGACGAACAGAUGAGAGAAAUACGAUUAUGCUUCACCAGACUCCCUGUCGUGCCUUGCUUUUGCUCGUUCUUUAAUUUUUGACGAGGUAGUGCAGUUUUUAGUUUUUUUCUUGAUGACAGCUCCCAUGGUGUUUUCCUCCGCGGUUGUCACUUUGUUCUCCUUGUUACAUUUUGCGUCACUUUGUCACUCUGCAUUCCCACCCGACGAGGAAUUAUCCCUGAAAAAGAACAACGAGCCAGAGCUACAGCAGCCAGGAGUAGUUACUGACAGCGAACAGGAGUGGCCCGAACAACCCGCAGAGGAGCCACACGACCGACAAGAAGCGUCCGACUCAAAAAGUCUGCCGUGGGGCAUUUCCGAGAGCCAGGUAGACGCGUAUCGAGGCUGUGUGCAAGAUGCGGUGCGGAGCAGAAUCCAUUCGGCAGCGCAGGGCGUGCGACCACGGGAGGACUCAUCUUCAGCUGAACGAGGAGAGGCCGCAGAAGAAGAUGCUGCUUCAUCGCACAUCGGCGAACGUGGACGAGAGCAAGCGCCCUCUGCUGAAAUUUCCACCCAGGUGGAAGUCUCGAAUGUUUGGGUUUCUGUCGAUUUGGAAAAGGACCUCUACGUUCGGGUACCGGUCUUAGUGAACCACACCAGAUUAUGGAUUGUAAAAAUGUCUGGGUCUGGAAACUUGUGAUGCUGGGUGGCGUCUCAUGAUGAGGCCACACAUGCUGGCUCAGCAUGACAAGUUUCUGAGCUUCUAGGUGUUGCCUAUUCUGCAUGACAAACUGCGUUCCUGCAUCACAGAAAAGUUGAGCUCUUGGGUAACGUGCAUGACAGAUUAUGAAGUCAUGCCAGACAAGCAUGACAAACAUGCAUUCUUCCAGACCCAGACAUUUUUACAUUUGAUACAGAUUAUCGUGAAAAAAAAGUGUUACAGUGAGGACACAGUAUGUGGUAAGUUGGGAGACAAGUAAGACCGAUAACCUUAGUCAGGUAGGUCGGGUACAAGUAGUCGUACUAGGCGCAAUGAUUAGGUGCUACGCUACUCGCCACGCACGCCCAUACCAUACCAUAGUCAUGCGGAAAAUGCUUGCGAGCCUCGUACUCGUUUCAUGCGUGCUUAUUUCCCUUGGGAUCUCCGGAUUGCGAGUGUUCUUUUUCACGCAGGACAAUCAACUUUGUGUUUUGUCUGAGCGAAGUAGCAACAAAUGUGUAUUGUGUCAUACUUUUUCCUUGGAUGCAGAUGCUCUUUUGACAACUGGAAGCGGAACCGGGAUUACAAAAUUAUCCUGGAGCACGUUCCAUCGGAGGAGGCCUUCGCGAAUCGAGCGUGGGUGCAGCUGGCGCUGCAGCAAGCUUUUGGUGGUUCAUCUUCAUCUUCGUCGAACAGCCUGGUCCUCGCUGGCACCGAACAUUCAAGGAAGGUCAGUCAGUUCUUCGCGCGUGUGCGGCAGACAAACUGGCACGGGGAGCCGACCCAAACUCGGUUUCGCCCACCUGUGGGCGACUUGUCCCCCACGGUGCUGCGCUACGUCAGGGAGGUGCUGGUAGACAUGAGCUGGAUCUUCGAGCGAUUGCUUUCUUUGAAGCGGAGCGGGAGGUCGAAGGAUGUGGCAGAUGGUGUCGUGGAAAACCGGAGCGGUGCAGAUGUUGAGCAGGCAUCAAUGCCACCCAUUGGUCUCCGCAUCACCGAGAUCGGAGUGGGACACGGCGGACUUGCGCACUGCAUCCACAGUUUUCUCGAGACGAAGUAUGGGGACGCGAAAGAACGUGCUGGUCGGAUGCUGGAUGAAACUGCAGAAGAUAUAAUUACAGAUGACAACGCUUUAAGUAGAAUACGGGAGCACGACAAGGACCAUGAGAGAGUGCAUAAAAAUACUCCUACUUGGUCGAAGAUGGAAAAAAGGAAAUCCGACAUUGCAACGGACACACAGGAGGCGUCCGCAGGCAGCUCAGCAAGAAUGAGCAUCAUCGAGUCCUAUACGCUCGGAGACCUUCCCGAAGUGCAGGAGCUGGCUUUUCUGCAACUGCAAGCGAUGAGCUCGACCCCUGGCGGGUCCGUCCCACCUGACCGCAUCAGAUUCUUCGACAGUACGGGCUUCGUGCCGGAGUUUGCGGAAGGUAAAGAAGUAUUUGAUGUUGAAAGGCGUAAAAACGAAAACAGCAAAGAAAAUGAGGAGGCCACCACGACCAAGCACACAGAUGAAGACAAGGAGGAUCUUCAUUUGAAGAACAUGUUCCCACGCCGCCGUCCCUUUCUCACCGAGCAACAGGACCUCUGUAUCUCCAAUUAUGCUUUUUCGGAGCUGCGGUCCACGGCCCUCGCGGAUUUUUAUGUGGACAAAGUCUUUCGCUUCUGCGACGUCGUCUUUCUGCAGUACAUCCCGAGUUUCGCCCCCGGACUCGCGAUCGACAUGGGCGAGAAAAAUUCUCAUGAUUAUUCGGUGCCAGAAGAGGCUGAGGUUCGUUCUCGCGAGAAACCUGGCCUAGGUUUAUUUCCGGAAGUAGCUGAGCAGACAACGGAAGAAGUCGUGCCUGGACGAGUUGUUUCUGAGGAUGAGACUGGAAGCGGUGGUCUGGUGCGCCAUGACAGCCAGAAAGGCCCACUGAACCGGCACCAUCUCACAGGGUAUUUGCGGAAAAUUUCAGCUGCUAUGGGCAAUGCGGUGCCGUUCACCCGCCUCGUCGUCCCGCCGCCCGCGGACCAUCCAGGAACGACACUGGCCGUGUUUUUUCGCAAUGUGACGGGGGAUGUGGAAGAGUUCUUCACGAAAAAGGAUUUAUUGUACGCACGCUACGUGUUGCCGUAUUUGCAGAACCUGGACAAUAUAAACAAGAACCGAACCUCUUUCGUAGCAAGCCCGGGCACUUUCAGUUCAUCUUCCAUUGCAAGCCCUCAAAAUGAUAUUACGGAACAGAAAUCUAAUAUUGAGAGUUUUUGCGUACCACGAAGUUGUCACGACCGCGAUGUUGAUGCGUGACACCGUUGUUCGUAAAUGAGGGUCUUCAGGCAUAAUUGUGGGAAGGGUAGUUUGUAUGCAGUGAGGUCACGAACGUUGACGUUCUAAUCUAACGUUUUUUUUGACGCCUCGUAUUUCGGCUUUUAUCGCACCGACCUAAGGAGCCGUGAUGCCACGGUAUUGUUUGUCGUCGUCUCGAAGUCGUCUCGCUUCGAAAUCGCUGCUACUUUUUCGAGCAACUACAAUCAAAGAUGUUAUCAAUCAUAACAAGGUCGCUGUUUUGUGUGCCCUCAACUGCUCUCUGACUCGACACGAAAUUUCUUGUUUGAUUAUGCUGAAAAUUGUAUCGAGUCAGGAGUCCCCCUUCGUUGGCGCCAGUGAAUCUCGUUAUGGUGGUUGUGCAAGAACUACAACUCGACGACUCUGCAAAUUUUGCGUCGCUCAGCACGACGUGAGUAAUUACGGUGUCAUGUUUCCACAAUUAGUUGUUUUUCUUCUGGAAAGCAGAAUUUUCUGGGUACCUAUUGGUAUUUUUCUAAAAUGAACUUCGAGAUGCAGGAUUACAUGUACUACACAUUGCUGGAGUUUUUCGUUUUUUUCGUGUACAUGGUUUUAAAGAUGAGUGCCUUAAAAGCGUUGGUCAGUGUGAGGCAAUGCCGCGUGAGCCGCCGACCUGUGCCUCCUCUUGGAGCUGGUCGGCGUAUGCCACUUGUGCACUUUCGUCUUAAACGAUGCUAACGUCCAAAAAAAUAGAAAAGCA